GGGCUCUCACCGAAUCCGCGCUCUACAUCCAUACAUCGAUCCCGUAGUAGGUUUUAAUACUGACCACGUGUAUAAUAAGUGCCUGUGUAUCAACCAUCAUACGUUGCCUGAGCAUCGUAUAUAACUACCUCAUCUGCAGACCAUCUGUUUAGCCUUCUCCCCCAACGCAACAUUGCCCAAAAGCAAGCGGCUCGUUUCCACUGCAGCUGACCACAUCUCGAAAUCAAUGGAAGCAGCAAAAGACAUGCAAAUCCAGGAAAUGAAAGCCCCUCGUUUGGUAAUGUUCCCACUCCCAUUUCAAGGACACAUAAAUCCCAUGAUUCAACUGGCCACUCUCCUACACUCCAAAGGAUUCUCAAUCACCAUAAUUCACACUCACUUCAACGCUCCCAAUCCAUCCAACUUCCCCAACUUCCACUUUGAGUGCAUAUCGGACGGAUUAUCGAACGAUCAGGCAUUAAACUUGGAACCCUUAACCCUUGCUUCCAUCCUCAACGAAACGUGCCAAGUACCCUUCGAGGACUGCUUGUCUCGGCUGUUAUCGGACGGCACGGAUGGCCUGAUUAAGUGCAUCAUCACCGAUGUAGUCUUACAUUUCACUGGAGCCGUCGCCAAGAAGUGGGGGCUGCCGAGGAUUGUCCUACGCACCAACAGUGCCAGCUCUUCUGGGGCAGUUGCAGCUUAUAAGCUUAGGCAAGAAAAGGGAAACAUUUCCAUCAAAGAUCAACAGCCGGAUGCCCUAGUGUCGGAGUUUCUGCCCCUCAGAAUCAAGGAUCUCCCUGACUACAGCUUGACGGAUCCGGAGAUGUUGGAGCGAUUGGUGGCCAACGUGAAGAACAGCACAAAGGCCUCUUCGGGUUUCAUCGUGAACACAUUUGAUAGUAUUGAAGCAAGUGCAUUGGAGAAAUUUAGAAAAGGUUAUCAUCCCCUUCCGAUCUUUGCAAUUGGCCCACUACAUAAAUUCUCGCCAGGAGCUUCAAACAGCUUGCUAAAACAAGACCACAGCUGCAUUACUUGGCUAGACAAGCAGGCACCACAUUCCGUCAUGUAUGUCAGCUUCGGGAGCUUAGCUUCUAUUAAUAAAACAGACGUGGUGGAGAUAGCUUGGGGGCUAGCCAAUAGUGACCAGGCCUUCUUGUGGGUGGUCCGGCCUGGCUCCAUACGUGGCGACGAUUGGGUCGAACUGCCAGAAGGGUUUGAAGAGAAGACACGGGAGAGGGGCUGGAUCGUUAAGUGGGCCCCACAACAAGAAGUGUUGGCCCACCCAUCAGUGGGAGGAUUUUGGACACACAAUGGUUGGAAUUCUACAUUGGAGAGCAUCUGUGAAGGGGUCCCCAUGUUAUGCUGUCCUUAUUUAUGGGACCAAAAGGUAAAUGCUAGGUAUGUGAGCUAUGUUUGGAGGGUGGGAUUGCAAUUAGAGAAUGGGUUCGAGAGAGGUGAGAUGGAGUGGGCCAUAAGAAGGUUGAUGGUGGAGACUGAAGGGAAAGAGAUAAGAGAGAGGGUAAGUGGGCUAAAGGAAAAUGCAAUUAGUUGUUUAAGGAGAGGAGGUUCUUCGCACGAGUCAUUGGAGAGUUUGAUUGAUCUUAUUAUGUCAUUUUAAAUGCCUCCUUUCUGUAUAAUAAUUCAUUUGUAUUUUCAUUAUAUGGCCAAGCCACAACAAGAUGUAUGCGUAUCAAAUAGAGUUCUGUUUCAGUGUAACCAUAUUCCUUUGAUAUUAAAUAGUGCACUGAUUGAAAUUUAAGCUCUAUGUGAACAUUCAAGACAACUUCUUUCC